AUGCAUUUUGCUGGCGCUAAUACAGUAGUGCUGUUCGUGGAUAUUUGGCAUGGUGAAAUGUCAUGCGGACGGAGUGAUGAUUGGGAGAAUUGGCCGUGGUCAGUUCUCACAGGUGAAACUUGGGUAAAUCAUGGUGCAGUUGUUGCUGCAUUGCAGCCCCACUUGCCUGGUUUGUUUGCCCGACCCCCUCGUAAUCCUGAAGAAAAAAUCAACACAUACUACAAGGCAGCAGAGUACAUUACUUGGUUGUUCAGCUAUGGGCCUGGACUUUUUUACGGCCUGAUUCCAGACCUGUAUUAUUGCAACUUCUGUCAAUUUGUACAUGGACUUCAACUCAUGAGUCAGUACAGCAUCACUCCGGCCCAGGUUCUCGAAGCUUCUGAAUGCUUUGCAGAGUGGGAAACAGAGUUUGAAGAACUCUACUAUCAACGUCGUGUUGAUCAUCUACAUUUUGUUCGCCCAUGUGUUCACCUUUCUAACCACCUUGCAUCAGAAUGCACUCGUGUAGGCUCACCAAUAUGUUCCUUGCAGUGGACGAUGGAAUGCACCAUAGGCAAUCUCAGGCAGGAAAUUCGACAACCAUCAAACCCAUUUUCAAACUUAGCUCAACAGGGAAUCCAAAGGUGUCAAGUGAAUGCUCUCAUGGCCAUUCUCUCCCACUACAAUAAAUCUUGUGAUUCUCUUCCUCGCGGAGCUUGUGAUCUAGGCGAAUCAUAUGUACUCCUUCGCAAAUCCGACAAACGCCCAAUUACGCUUCCACCUGGUAGUGCUGAAGCAGUGGUAAUCAGUGUUUACUUAGGUCAACCACCACCGAGGUUCCGCCGAUGGGCACAUUUGCAGUUACCCAAUGGGCAAAUUGUUUGA